UUGUUUACUCUACUGGCGCACUUGUCUAAGGUCCUUGGCGCCAAAUGAAAGAUUGGAUAUUGAAUUUUAACUUGACAUGUAGAUGUAGGUUAAUUUCUGGCUGUAACUUUUUAUUGGAUUUGUUUGUUGCCUUAUUCUGUUCAUAAAGUUUUGAGUAUAAAGCAUAAAGUUUUGAUUAGUAAUUUAUGUUCUAGUUGUGUAGGAUGGAAACUUACGUUAACCAGCUUCAGAAGUUUCUCAGAGAAUCUUUAAAUGUAGAUGAUGAUGAUGAUGAUAUUAUUUUUGAAUUCAAAAAACCCAAAUAUCUUCAGUGUUUUGAUACUUUUGGUGUGGAUGAUCAUUCUGAAAUUAUCUUUAUUCGAAAAGAAAUAACAUAUGAUGGCUCUGAUGAUCUUAAUGGGUCAUUAUCUACAAACAUUUGUCCACCUAAGGACACCUAUCGAGAGAGUGUGUCUGAGUUUGAUCUGAGUGGUCAGCCCUUGAACACUGAUAUGAAUGAGUCACUUCUCAGAUGCGGCACCUCAAUCAUCCAAAAAGAUAAGAUUGAUGAUCAUGUUCCAUUGUCUGAAAUUGAAGCCAGAAGUAUUCUCUCCUACGCUUGCAUGCAUUUGAAGCCUGUUAAGCCCUUAUGGAUUCUGAUGGAGCCAUGUGGUCAACAGCAAAUCAUGAUUGGUUGCUCGGUUGACGGUCCAUGUAUUACCAGACAUGUGCUAAAACUUACAGAUGAAGAUACAUCAGUCGAGGAUAUGUUGGGCAUUCACAGAAGUUAUAUAUCACCAAAUAGUAAGAUUGAUACGGAAGUGAUGUGCGACUUCACAGUAACUCAGUUGGGAGAACGAGAAAGUACUGCAAAUGAAAAUAACGUGGGAAAAAUCACUUUUCAAGUUUUCUGGAGAGAGCCUUCAUUCAAAAUUCCCAUCACCAAUUCCUCAAUAAAAAUGAAUUUGCAUGGAACUGUCGGCUUGCAAGGGAGCGCUGUCCAGAUUUUAUGGGAACAAUUGGAGCUCCUUCACGGCUAUUUCGAGCUGUUGUCCAAAUGGAAUGACAGUGAAUCUUAUCCACACGCUGAGCAGCAGAAAUCGGUAUUCCUUCCCCAUAGGAUCUGCAACUCCGAAACAAAUGCCCCCUUAUCAGAGAAAAUCACAAGCGCCUUAAACUUUUCAUAUGACUGGUAUUCCGGGAAAAAUAACGAACAAACUCUUACCAGUGUUCUGACGGAACUGAAAUCUGGAGAACGUCAGUAUUCAGAUGUUACCGAUAGGCUGUGGCUUAUCCUAACAGAAUGCACCACUCACUGGGAAUUGACUAACAAUAUGGCAUUCCUAUUGCAAGGUGUGAAGAAAGUAUCAACAAAUACUUAUAUGAGUGCCGAUAAUCAUACAAGGCUGGGCAAAGCUAUAACGACUGUUAAAAAUGACCGGAAUGCUGCAAACCCUCUGUUUCUCUUGAAACCGCUCCAGCUUCUUGUUGAGAUUGGCUUGCUGAAACUAAGGAGAGACUACAUCACCAUAUUCACGGAUACUUUACUAGCGAAAACCGAGGCAUUAGCAGUACCCGAACCUCCAAGCUUCAUUUCAAUGGAUGGCUCAUCUUGGUCUGAAACGGUUUCUUCAUUGCUGUGUUGGAUGGCAAAAGUUCACGCGGCUUUGGAACUGCUGUGUGUAGCGCACUCUAAUCUGUUGGUGAAGAAAGCAACUAUUGUUUCACUGACACGACAAAUUUUGGAGAAGUAUGUCGGAUCAAAAUCACCCAUCCAAUCGUUUACUUGGCUCAAAAAUAACCCAAAUCUAUACUUGAGUGCCAAAAUGGACCGACAAUCAUCAAAUAUACCGCAAGAUCCAAAAUAUGAUAAAUGGUUGAUGAAAUUGUCGACCACAGAAAAUGAUAAUCAAUAUGUGGAAACGAAAUUCCUGCGAACCAGUGAGCCAAUGUUUCCAGCUUCAGUCCUUCAUAUGAGAACAAAGGAUGAUUGCACCGAAAAUACACUGUUAUACCUCGAAAAUGCAAGCUAUACUUUUUCACAGAUGACUACCAUCUGCAGUGGAUUAGGAAGUAAGAAAAAAUAGAUAGAAUUCCAGGUUUAUGUUACGGUAUGUGAAUAGUUUACAAUAACUCAUUGUUCUCUUACUCCGUUGUGUAAGUGCUUAAAAUAAGUGAAUAUUCACCUUAAUGAAAUAAAUUCCCUCUCAAUCUUUGUAAUUUCAUCAAAUUGAAUCAUUUAAAUUUAGUGAAUUUGUUAAUGAAAACGUGAUUGCUAUACACAACAUUGAAAUAUCUGCAUUUUUGAAGUUUUAAUUCCUCAAUCAGUUUCAAUUUCCUAUUACCGUAUCUUUCAUUUAAUUAUCCGAAUGGUAAUAAAAUAUAUUAUUUAGGCAUCUUAUGUUCGAAAGUGAUUCACAAUUAUGCAAUUAUAAUUAUCAUUAUAA